UGUCUUUAAUUGUCGCCGACCGGCGGCCUUUUGGCCUUUCUAUAAAAAGGGGCUUCGGUGGCCGGUGCGCCAGCAGUCUGUGCCGUAACAUGGGGCCCGCCGCCAUGUACGCGCUCACCGCUUUUCUGGCAUGCAUAUGUCUCUCUGUGGCAAUACCAACGCUGCCAUCAGGGAAUACACCGACAGCAGAUGCUGAAACAGUAAUCGAUGUACCCAAUGGAAAAGCCCACGUGUACAAGUACACAGCAGUUGUAUCGGCUGGGCAAGAUGAGCCGUCGCCCUUCGCGUCGAAAUUCCAAAUUCAAGGAAAGCUGAUUCACAAAAAUGUCAACGGCGAUCCAAACUCAAAGUACAUGAAACUACACGAGAUCAAGCAUACGGUCUACAAUGGAGCCGACGACGGAGACAUGCACGGCGAGUACCACGAACUUCAAGACACGAUGAAGGAUUUCGAGGAGCCUUUUUUGGCUGUCUACGACUGGAACAAGGUAAAAGGUAUCCGAGUACAAGCGAAAGAGCAAGUAUGGUCAAGAAAUAUGAAAAAGUCUUUGGCCGCGAUAAUGCAGUUCGAUUUAAAGGCCCUCAAGGCACGCAACAACGUUCUGUUAAAACCUUUCAAGACCACAGAGAAAACCAUCCACGGUGACUGCGAAGUCGAUUACGAUAUCAAGGUCGGAGAUUCGGCCGACAGGAAGGUGAUCUACGUGCGAAAGACCUACGAACCGAGAAAGUGCAGUGAUUACGUUCAACAGGUCGUUUCUGAUACCAAUAGUAUGGACUGCAAGAUUGACGCGGAGGAGGAUUUAGUUACAUUUGCCGAGAAAAUAUACGAAAUAGAAUAUUUUGAUAAUAAGUUUGUGAUUAGGAAAAUCAUUUCUCGUGAAAAAUCAAGUUAUCUGCCGUGGUUGCACAGAAGUUUUGGAACCCAAUACAUAAAAACAACACAAACUUUAGAAUUCGAAAGAGUGGUGGACGAUUCAGAAUUGAAUCUUCAGCUUGUAGACUUUACGAAUGUACCACUUAUAAAUGAUGUGACCUUUGAUAAUCUUGAGUACAUAGUAAGCGAAAAUUUAAAGAAAGAUAUACAUUUUGAAUUCAAUACCAUGGAUUCAAGAGAUUUGAUAGCAACGGUCAAAGAACUUUUGAUUGCCGCCGUAGAAUACUUAAAAACUAAUCCGAUUGUAAAAGAAGUUAAUCUUAAAUAUGUUGAUGUAUUUGAAAAACUUCAUCAAACUAUGGGAUACUUGGAUUCCGAAUCUAUGCAUUACAUUUUUAAUCAUUUCAACACAGCUACUGGAAAAGGAAACAUGUCUAGAUAUAUUUUCCUUGAAAUAAUUCCUCAUUUGGGCACUUAUGCUGCGUGGAACUUCACAAAAAAUAUUAUUGAAGAGGACAAAGUAGAGGAAUCAAUUGCUCUCGAUAUGCUUACUAAAUUACCAAUGUAUAUCCUAAAUCCCAAUGAAGAAUUUGCUCAAGACAUGCAAAAGCUUGCACAGUUUGACGAGAAUAAAAAGUCUAAAGCAAUCAAAAUUGCUGGAAUACUCUGCUAUUCCAUUUUGCUCCAUAAAACGUAUAAAACAUAUAACCUUGAUGUAAUAGUUCCUUGGUUCUUGGAGCGAAACCUUGAGGACUUCAACGAACGUAUAAUGUAUGAACCAACAUACUCGUCGAAAAUUGCAUACAUGAUGGCCAUGAGGAAUGUGGAAGUUGGAGAUAUUUACAAAUAUUUGGCUCCGAUAGUGCGCGGAGAGGACAUUUUCUUUAUAGAAGUAGACAUAAAUAGACCUGAAAAAUAUCGUAUGGCUGCUAUGUGGGCCGUUGCAAAAUCAAUCAGUCAUGACAAAAACUUGACGUAUAAGUUGUUCUGGCCAAUCUUGGCUAACAACACCGAGCCCUUAUCUCUACGUGUAACGGCGUACGAGCUUUUAAUUUCAAGAAAUCCCAUACUUGAUAUGAAUCUCCUGAUGAACGUUCACUGGAUGAUGGCACAGGAGCAAAACCAACACAUGUUUAAUUAUCACUACACAACGAUGCAAAGUAUGGCUGAAUCAACGGAUCCGUGCAUGAAGAGCACUUCGGAGAUGUUUAGAAAAGUCUUGCGCCUCACAAGGCGUCGAAAAGUUAUGAGCUCUGCACUGUCUCGCGUUAAAGUUUUUGAUUAUUUCGACAAUAAGUAUGGUCACGGAAAAACUUUCAAGCUAGGAGCCGAAGUUGAUGAAGCUUCUGGGAUCCCCCAAUUUGGAUACUACGAAGCUAUUUCUUCAUUUGCAAGACGACCAACAUUAGCUUCGGGGAUUUAUUGGAACGUAGAAGGUGUCAACAUUAAAACAAUCAGUACCUUGAUUAGUGAACUUCUAAGGCAAAAAACAGGCGUAGUAAGAGAUUUUACUACUUUUGAAGUAUCAAAUGAAAAAGUCAAAAACUUACUUCGUCAAACGCAUGGCUAUAAGUUACUUCAAAAAGAUAUACGUUUAGAAUUUUGGACGAUAAAUAAAGGCUACGUGACAGACGUGAGUAUUUACGUUGAAAAUAAUCUAUCAGAACUACUAAGGGAUUACGUAGACAAAAUCAAGAAUUUACUGGAUGCUGGGAAAGUGUCGAAUCGCAACACGAUAUUCGACGUUUCCUUCCUCAAUCAUUACAAAAUGGUGGUUGCAACAGAUCUUGGAAUCCCCGCAGUAUUUUACAAUCAAGUUCCAGAGUUCACUUACCUGAAAUUGAAACUUAACACAUAUCCAUUAAAAAGUAUGGUAACGACAAAUUUGGCAUUGGACGCGAGAUUUUAUCACCGAAGCUUUUAUAAAAUGGGAUUCUAUAAUCCUUUUAUCGGUGUAACACAAUCGGUCGUACGAAAAGUAACAACGGAUGCUGCUCUGCCGGUUGACAUGACUGUAAGUUUUAAUUUUGAGACACGCAGUUUGAAACUGGUUCUACCGAGGUCGCCAGAGUCCAAAUCAUCAGUUGCUGGCGUUAAAUUGCAAUCAGUCGAUCAAGUCGAAGUCGGAAAUGAUCACAAACAAUCAUUAGAAACGUAUUGCCCAGUCUGUGAACAUCAAAUUGAUAUUACAAACAAUCAAACGCAAAAAUACAAUUAUGAGGCUGUUACUCAUUCUGUUGACACUGGAUUGGAAUAUCUGGUAUCAAUCUCUGAUUGCGAAAAAAUGUCUUUUAAUGAACGAGAAGAAUGGUUCAGAGUUUUUAACACUGUAACUAAUAACGUAAAAAGUGAACCGUGGCCUAAUUAUUUAAUGAUUAUAAGUCAACGAUUACUGAAUUUUAUGAAUUCUCCGCAUACAAGUACCUGCCAAACAAUGCUAAAGGCAUCACCGUGUACAGUACACCCGACUUCUCAUAUAGAAAUGAAUUGGCGCUUUAAUUUGUUGAAAUUUGGUGAAGAAAUCGAAUUUAAUGUUCGAGGCUCUAUUGAUAGCAAGGCAGCUGUCACUAAUAAUACUAUGCGGUUUUGGAAUGUCGAUCUACAAGUUACAACUUCCCAAUUCUCUAAUGACAUUCAAUUCAAGGUCAUGAGACAAUCAUCUGAAGAAAGAAAUUUUAAGAUUUGUGUACAUGUGACCAAGGAGUAUCCUAAUUUUACAGCAAAUUCAGGAGCAAUAAAACACGAAACUAAUACUGUAGUUCAGUUUCUUAUGGACGAAUCCGACGGAGAUCAAUGCUCAGCUGAUGGAACAUCCAUCAAAGCAUUGAUAAAAGGCCAACUUUUAGAUGAGCAAAAGGAACGAAUGGCAAAAAAUGUUAGAAGUGGGUCGUGUUUCAAAAAUCCAUCAAAUCCUCUUGACUUAGACAUCAAUCAAAGAUUUGACUGGAAUUGCUUGUACCAAGCAGUAAAAGGGACUACAUUAAGAAAGUAUAUCAUCGACGUUACUUAUAAGCAGGUCUCGCAUGAAAUUCUUGCGAAACUAGCGAUGCUGGAUGAUUAUUUACGUCUCGACAAUUUUCCGCAUAUAACGUACAAACCAGAGCAUACUGAACCAGGAAAUGUCAAGCUUUCUUUCACGUAUUCUGUGAAAGAUAAUUAUAGUAAUAUAACGGUGAUGAACCCUUACUACUCUUAUGAACUAGACGAUGUUUUGUAUGGUCCAGAAGAUGAAGAAGACCGUCAUAAUGACUUGGUUUUGGAUAAUACUGGAUUUAGUACUAGUUUUCUAGUUGACUUCUACAAAGGAGACAUACGACCAUGUAUUGUUCAUUCCAACGAUCUAAUAAAUGAUCUGAAUCAAACGAUUUCGAUGGAUUUAAAAGACUGGACUCUCAUGACGGGCGAUUAUGCACUUCUGAGCUACGCUGUGCUUGUAAAAGCCGAACAAGAAAAUAAAGUUGCUUUAAGAAUAUAUACCAAUGAUCAUGUUUUGGAAGUAAAACCUGGGCAAUUAAAACCAAUAGUUAUACUGGAUGGUGCAGUAAUUACAAAUUACGAAAAAGGGACAGUAAUACCAAUCGAUGAGAACACUCAUUUUAGAUUUAUGAUGGUUAAUCAAUUACUUUCCAUUGAGGCGGAUAGGCAUUUCAUAGGUAAAUUGUACUACACACCCUACAAUGUUAUCAUACUUCCGCACAUCGUUUGGGAUAGAUCUAUUGAUGGAAUGUGUGGUCAUAUGGGCUCUACAACGUAUGUUCAAAAUGCUCCACUCAUUUACGGCAGUUCUUAAAGAGAUAUAAGCAUACGAAAGAUAAUUUUUUUACUGUAUUAGUUAUUUAAGCAUUUAAUUUAAGAAUAUUAACAUUAAGUAUCACGCACAAUUAUUUUAUUCUGCAUAAGUUUAGUUGUUUUAAAUGUAAAGUAUUUAAAUUAAUUAUUUCGUUGAUAAAAGUAUUAUCCUGUAAAGGAAUAUUGAAUAAAGAGAUUUCAAAAGUUA